AUGGUUAAGGCAACAUUGAACUAUAGGAAUUUCAUUUCUAAAAUAAAAAAAGGAGGAGUUAGGCCAGGUUAUGUACCAGAAGAUGUUCUGGAAAGAUGGAUGGAUCUUUGGGGAAGUGCAGAGUAUAUUAGGAAAUCAGAAAUUAAUUUGCAAAAUCGUCGUGGUGGUCGUGUAACAUCUGUUGGGACUCACAAUGGUGGCUAUAUUUCUAUCGGAGAACAUCUCAAGAAACUUUGUUGUUUUACUGUGGCUCUAGCUUCCAGAAGUCAUUCACUGAUGAACUUAGCGCUUGUUGGGGUGAGAAGCCUCUCUCAAACUCCAUCUCCAUUGAAGUUUUCUUGUCUCGCUCCAAGCUCCAUUGAAAACUUUCCAAGUCUUGUUGCAAGCUCCAUUUAUGUUUUCCAAGUCACCAUUAAAAUAUAUGAAGAAAUAUUACGGGAAAAAGUAACAUCUCAAACUGAUAUUGAUCAAUGUGAAGCAUAUUACCAAGCCGUGGGGGGAGAAAAGAAAAGAAGGAUAUAUGGUCUUGGAGCUCAAGCAAAAAAUUACUAUGAACAGAAUCUUUGUGGCUCAUCAUCAUUACCACCUCCAUUUUCUCAAUCAACAUCGAUAACAGAUAUGAACGAGUUUGUAAAGCAAAUGAUGGCUGCACUAACUAGUCAUCUUGUUCCUAUUAUUGUUGAGCACGUGCAAGCAUCGAUUACUCCAUCCGCCAAUCCAUUGAUUGUGACAAUCAAAGUGUCUCCUGCUACUAAUGUGAAUGAGGUUGAUACCAUAAUUUCAGGUGACGACCGUAUCCCUUAGUCUCCCACAACUUUAGUUUUUGAUAAUGUCAUUUUUUUUUGGAAAUUACAAAUUGCAUAGUAAUA